CCGCUGGGCCCGAGCGCGCCCCCGGUGCGCGGACAACGGCGGGAGGGCGCCGCGGGACCGGCCGCGGGCUCCUGGGGCGUCGAGCGCGGCCCCAGGCCCCGAGGCGAGGGCGGAGCGCGGCCUCGGCGGGGCCCCCCGGCUCCUCCCCGCGGCGGCCGAGACAUGGCGGGGCUGCUGCUGCGCGGCGGCGGGCGGGCGGCCGCGGCGGGCCUGGCGCCGGGGCUGGGCCGCGGCUGCUGCGGGGAGGCGGCGGGGCUGCGGGCCAUGGGCUUCAGCGAGGAGCAGGCCCGGCGGCUCCGCGGGCUCCAGCCGCGGCUCGGGCCUGAGCGCCGGGAGGCGGCUGCGGCGCAGCUGCUGCUGCUGGGGCUCAGCGCCGAGGCCGCGCUGGGGCUGCUGGAGCGGAGCCCGGAGCUGCUGCGGCUGCCGCCGGAGCAGCUGCAGGAGCGCGCCGCGGAACUGCGGCGCCUGGGGCUGCAGGGAGGCCGGCUGCGGCGGGCGGUGAGCCGCUGCCCCCAGCUCUUCACGCUGCCCCGGAGGCGGAUGGCGGCGGUCGUGCGGCUGCUGCGGGAGCGGUGCCUGUUCACGGCGGAGCAGCUGCAGGAGGUGCUGGGGACCUGCCCCGCCGUGCUGCUGGAGGAGCCCGCCCGCCUCCACCUCCACUUCCAGUAUGCCUACUUCAGGAUGGGGGUCCAGCAGAAGGAGAUGGUGAAGGCCCAGCUUUUCCGAACGCCCUUCGCCGAGCUCAGGAACCGGCACAUCUUCCUGGAGCGGCGGGGGCUCUACCAGACCCCACACAAAGGCCAGACCCAAACCAGCAACCCAAAGCUGAAGGACAUCCUGGAGCUCCCGGAGGGAGCCUUCCUGGCCAGCCUGGCCCGUUCCACCCCAGAGGAGUAUGAGGUCUUCAAGCAGCUGCUGGCUCGAGAGGAGGAAGAGGAGGAGGAGGAGGACAGGGAUGCACUGUACAAAGAGGAAGAUGAAGACCUGGAUAGGGAAGGAAGUAAAGCAGCCUGGGAGUGAGGAGGUGAGGCUCCAAGGUGCCCGAGCUCUCCCAUGCUGCUGCCCAGCCCCACUGCUCUCGUGGGUGCACCAGGCCCCCACCUCAUGCAGGCACCAGCUGUGGUGGCUGCAGGACCUGUGGGCUGCCGGGCUCCCUGUGCAGGGCAGCAAUAAAUUCCAUAUUCCAGAAUUCAACAAUUAA